AUGGGUAUCAUAGUGAAUUUAACUUUAAGUAGAGAAGUCCAACAAAUGCAGGCAAAUUAUGACAGCAUAAAUGCUGAACUCAGUGUGCAGAAAAAUGUAAAUCAGGAACAGGAAGAAAAGAUCAUGAAAUUGUCAGAGGAGAUAGAAGUUGCUACAAAAAACAUCACAAGCAAUGUUUUACAAAUAAAAUUAAUGCAGACAAAAAUAAAUGAACUGCGUUCACUUGAUUCAGUUUCUCAGAUCUCAAACAUAGAUUUACUCAAACUUAGAACUCAGUCAAAAGAGUCUCAGGAAAAGAAUUUCCCUAACACACAGUUACACCUUGCAAGUGAUAAUUUUUUGGUGAAUAAGCAGGUUAAAGAAUGUCAUAUUCAUGAACUCAGUGAGCCAAAUUCUUUCCACUCUAGUAUUGAGGCCAUUUGGGAAGAAUGUAAGGAAAUUGUGAAGGCCUCCUCUAAAAAGAGUCAGCACAUCCAGGAAUUACAACAGCAAAUUGAAAAAUUACAGGCAGAAAUAAAAGGUUAUCAGGAUGACAACAUUGUACUAAAAGUAAAGCACAGCGAGAUUGAGAAUCAAGAUAAUCUCAUCAAGAAAGAGAUUGAGAAUCAAGAAAAUCUUAUACAGCAGCUGAAAGAAGAACUGCAAGAGAAAAGUGUUAGUCUUAGUGUUCAAGUACAGCUUGUAGCUGAAGGAAAGAAAGCACUUUCAGAACUUACACAAGGUGUUAUUUGUUAUAAAGCAAAAAUACAGGAACUUGAAACAAUCCUAGAGACUCAGAAAGACGAAUGUAGUAAUGUAGCCAAGUUAGAGCAAGACAUUUCAGCAAAAGAAUCUGUCAUCUUAAAGCUAGAAGAAAAGCUGAAGCAAUUUCAAGCAAACCUUAAGGAUUCUAUCAAAAAUACCGAAGAUUUAAGUAAAAAAGAAGUUGUGUUGAAAGAAGAAAUCACACAGUUAACAAAUAAUUUGCAGGAUCUGACGCAUUCACUUCAAUUAAAUUAAGAAGAAAAAGAAGCUAACAGACAAGAAAUAGAAAAAUUGAAAGAAGAACUCUCUGCAAGCUCUGCUUUUGCCCAAAGUCUGAAAGCAGAUCUUCAGAGAAAGGAAGAUGAUUGUGUUGAACUGAAAGAGAAACUGACUGAUGAAAAGCAGAUUGAGCAAGUACAGAAAGAGGUAUCUGUAAUGCAUGAUGAAGAGAAAUUACUGAGGACUAAAAUAAAUGAGCUAGAGAAAAAGAAAAGCCAGUGUUCUCAGGAAAUAGAUAUGAAACAGAGAACUAUUCAGCAGCUCAAGGAGCAGUUAAGCAAUCAGAAAGUGGAAGAAGCUAUACAGCAAUAUGAGAGAGUAUGUAAAGCAAAUAUAGAGAAGGUGACCAUCAAGAGAACUAUUUUGAUUGCUAUUCAUCUUUUCAAGGCCUUUUAUGUUUUCCCUGAAAUGAAGCAGAAGGAAGCAAGAGCAGUACAUGGUGUCCCAGGGCCAAGAGAUACAGCUAGAAAAGCACAGACGCGGCAGCAGCCUCAGCCCUUCAUGGAAAUACUGACAGCACAGCUGGCAGAGAAGAACAGUGACCUUCAGAAGUGGAGAGAAGAGCGAGACCAGCUGGUUGCUGCUUUAGAAAUACAGCUGAAAGCACUGAUCUCCAGUAACAGAGAGAAAGAUAAUGAAAUUGAACAGUUACGAAACAGCACAUCAGAGGCUUCUGAAAAAAAUGGAUCAGUGGUUCUUGAUUCUUGUGAAGUGUCAACAGAAAAUGAACUAAGUACUCGAUUUCUGAAACCUGAGUUGGAGAUUCAGUUUACACCUUUACAGCCAAAGAAAAUGUCAGUGAAACAUCCUGGUUGUACCACAUCAGUGACAGUUAAGAUUUCUAAGGCCUGGAAGAGGAAGAGGAGUGAAAUGGAGGAGUGGGCUGGGGAUUCAGCUCAGCAGCAUAAGCACCUACCUGGCAAGCGAGAGGACUUGACAAAAUAUGAAAAUAAGAAGAAUGCUACACCCAGAGCAAAUUUUAAAUUCCCUAUUUCAGAGAUGACACAUUCUUCUGUCAAAAAAGAACAAAAGGUUUCUGCACAUUCAUCAUCUAAGAAAACAUACUCUUUACCGAGUCAGGCACCCACAACAAGUGUAAACUUGGUCACUAAGAGAAAAGAAGGGACAUUACAGAAAUUUGGAGACUUUUUACAACGUUCUCCAACAAUUCUUCAGUCAAAAGCAAAAAAGAUAAUUGAAACAAUGAGCUCUUCAAAGCAUUCAAAUUCAGAAGCAAAUAAGGAAAAUGUAUCUCAACCAAAAAGAGCGAAACGGAAAUUAUACACAAAUGAAAUUUCGUCUCCUAUUGAUAUAUCUGGCCAAGUGAUUUUAGUGGACCAUGAAGUAAAGGAAAGUGAUCACCAGAUUCUCAAGCGACGGCUUCGAACACGAAUAGCCAAAUAAAUGACCUUUGGAGAAUGUAAAUUUUAUAUUCAUAAUCAUUGUGACUUGCAUCUUGUCUUUUUAAAGAUAACUGUAUAUGUUAUGAUACAUUAUAUCCUGUACAGAGAUUGCUGUUUUAUACACAGUAUAAUUUUGAUUCAAUAAA